CAAAGUUCGCACCAUGUAAAUCAGGAGCCGGGGUCACGUGGUGGCGGCAGGUGUAUGCCCCGCCUCUCCUUGUGCUCACCUGGAUGCGGGUGCGGCAUAGGAGGAAGCAGCGCGGAGAGGAGCGGGGGCUGCGACCAUGAAUAACCCAAUUCCUUCCAACCUCAAGUCCGAAGCCAAAAAAGCUGCCAAAAUUCUACGAGAAUUUACCGAAAUCAGUUCUAGAUCUGGACCAGACAAGAUCAUUCCAGCUCAUGUCAUUGCCAAAGCACAGGGUCUUGCUAUUUUAUCCGUGAUAAAAGCCGGCUUUUUGGUGACUGCUCGAGGAGGAAGUGGCAUAGUAGUGGCCCGUCUUCCAGAUGGAAGAUGGUCUGCGCCAUCUGCCAUUGGUGUUGCUGGACUUGGAGGUGGAUUUGAAAUUGGAAUUGAAGUGUCUGAUUUAGUUAUUAUUCUGAACCACAAAAGGGCAGUCGAAGCAUUUGCCAAAGGUGGUAACUUAACUCUUGGAGGAAAUUUCACAGUUGCAAUUGGACCCCUUGGGAGAAAUCUGGAGGGAGAUGUUGCCAUUAGAAGUUCAGCAGCCGUCUACACAUACUGCAAGUCACGUGGAUUGUUUGCUGGCAUAUCGUUAGAAGGGUCUGGGUUGAUUGAACGGAAAGAAACCAAUCGCAAAUUUUAUUGUCAGGAGGACAUCCGGGCCUAUGAGAUCUUGUUUGGUGAAAUUCCCCGCCCUACCCUCGCUGAGGAACUUUAUGUAAUUCUUGAUUCUUUUACUGAAAAAUAUGAAAUUGAGGAACAGAGUAUGAACAGAAGAAAAAUUGUCAAAGAGCAACGAAAGAAAGAGGUGGCAGUGAAGGUUAAUAGACAGCGCCCCCACCAGCCAGUAAAUGGCACAGAAGCUACAAGACCUACACAAAGAAGCUACCCUGACCUCUCCAGCUAUAAUAUGAAUGAACGGGGUUCAAGGGGAAACUGCGUCACUGCCACGGCCAUCUAUCCAUUUGAAGGUUUACAACCGGGAGACCUGUCGUUCCAAAUCGGCGACAAGAUCAUAGUCACCACAAAGACUGACUCUCAGUAUGAUUGGUGGGAGGGAAAAUUAAAAGGAGAACUGGGUAUUUUCCCUGCCAAUUAUGUUAUGGUGUAAAUAUUCUAUCAUAAAGUGCUAUAAAGGGUUACACUAGUGAAUAUAUUUAUUUGGCUUCUUUUCUGUAUAAAGGUUGAGUCCAUAAAAUAAAUUAUCCUGUAAAAUA